AUGGACACUGUAAAUGAUGAAUUGGAAUUACAAGAGACAUUAAAAGAGAACAAGAAAAAGGAGAUUCAUAAAAGAAAAUUGGAAAUUGAAGAACAGAAACAACAUCAGAUAGAAGAGCGGAAGGCGAAUAAUACAUCUGUUUAUAUAUCAAACAUAGAUGUAUCUGGUUUAGGCACAGAUGAUAAAGUAUUUGAAGUACAAGAACAAUUAAUCAAAGAGUUUUCAAAGUUUGGAAUUAUUCGAAAAAAUACAGAUGGACUUAGGAAAUGCAACAUGUAUAGAGAUGAAAAUGGGAAAUUUAAGGGAGAUGCAUUGAUUGUUUAUGCUAAGCCUGAAUCAGUACCGUUUGCAAUAGAAAUAAUGGAUGGUUUUGAAUUUAAAGGAAAAACAUUACGUGUUCAAAAAGCAGUAUUUGAACCGUUGGAACAAUCCAUUUCUGGCUGUAUUGAUGCCAAAAUUUGUCAUUUAACAAAGAAAUUGAAAACAAAUAGACAGAAUAGUCUAUCAUCUGAUGAAAAGAUUGGAGAUAAAACUGUUGUUCUCGAUAAUAUUAUCGACAUAUAUGCUGAUUUUGAUGUCGAUGAACUUGAUGAUAUAAAGGAAGAUAUUAAAGAAGGUUGUCAACAGUUUGGUGAAAUAAUUUCUUAUUACCUUGAUCAGGAUAAGGGUAAAGCUACCCUAACGUUUACUUUAGAAAAUUCUGCUCAAGAAUGUCAAAAAUAUAUGGAUGGUAGAUUUUUCGAUGGAAGGGAGGUACUUGCUUUUAUAGGUUCUAAAGAAAAUAUUGAACCAAAAAGUGAGGAGGGGUCGGAUAUUUCAGAGAUAAAAUAUGAGGAUAUUGAGGAUAAUGGCGCUAUAUUUAUUCAAAAUUAUUCUUAA